AGAGAGAGGGCUGGAGCUGCUGUUGAUUUUAUAAGGCUAUUACCUGCUGUUUAGGUUGAGUAAAACUGUUUCCUAAUGGUUUAUAAGACCUUGUGAUCGUUUGUUACAUGCAUUGAGUUCUGAAACAAAGAGCCCCUUUUCUGUUUUAUUUAAGAACUCGGAUAGUGGGGCUGUCAGCUGUAGUGCACACAGAGAUGUUUAACUGAGGAAACAAACGUGCUUUAAGUAAUGCUAAAAGACGUUACUCCUUUCAAAGUAAGACGAGUCUGCUGUUUGUUUUCUUUAUUUAGCACACUAGAAGAAGUGCUGAUUUUAUAGGAAUGUUAAUUCUCCUGUAAAAAAAUAAAAGCAGAGGAUUCCACUACUCGAGUUUCAAUCUAAAACCAGUGAAGAUGGACGUCAGCGUGUCCGUGUCGUUCUUUCAAGACGAGCUCGCCUCUACCAUCGAGCACGCAGUGAAAGCGGCUGUAGACACCGUCUUGUGCCAAAUCACAAAAGUUGUCGGCGGCAAAUUCACUGAAUUCCGAAUGGAAAUGGCUGGAAAGGAGAAAGAGAAUGAAAGUCUGAAGCUGAGAUUGGAAAUAUCAGAGAGCGAGUUGAAAGCAGUGCGGGAAUGCAUGAACGCUGCAGAUGCAGACAUUAAACAACCUCUCAGAAACAUGAACCCCGACUGCAAUGAACAAGACUUUCAGAGGAACGAGAACCAGGGAUUAUUUCAAGAUCCCAAAGAGAGCCAUGCUAUGCCUAAAUCUGAAACACAGACGGGGCCAAUGAUAGAAGCAGUUUACACACAAGAGGAGUCCUUUGACCAGGAGUGGUGUGCAAGUCUAAAGCAGGUUACAGAGCUGACAUGUGUUAAAGAUGAAGAGGUCCCUCGACUGGAAUGUGUUCCUAUUAAAGAGGAAUUCUUAGAACAGGAAUGUGUCCCCAUCGCAGAGGAAGUUCCUACUGAAAAUAAUGUCUGUACACUUGAGGAGAACAACAAGCUGGGAUCCAGCCUGUGUGAUGAUUGUCCAUCUGAAUGUGAACUGGGAUUUGGAGCUGCUAAAGAGAAUCACACAGGAGGGACUCAAUUUCCCUGUGCUGAUUGUGAGAAGGGUUUCAGUUGUUUAUCAAAACUUACAAUCCACCAGCGCAUUCACACAGGAGAGAAACCUCAUCACUGCCCUGAGUGUGGGAAGAAAUUCACACAGUUACAAAAUCUUAAAAUCCACCAGCGUGUUCACACAGGAGAGAAACCUCAUCAGUGCAUUGAGUGUGGGAAAAGUUUCACACGAUUUGAAAAUCUUCAAUCACACAUGCGGAUUCACACAGGAGAGAAACCUUAUCAAUGCCCUGAGUGUGGGAAGAGAUUCACAUAUUUAAGUUCCUUCAGAAUCCACCAGAGGACUCACAAAGACAAAUCUUAUCAAUGUAGUGAAUGUUUGAAGAGCUUCAGUCACUUGUCAAACCUUAAAAGACACCAUAAAAUUCACACAAGAGUUCAGCCGGUUUCUGACUGUUGAAGGACACAAAAGAAUUCAUAGAAUUUGAGGACACCUAACAUCAGGACUAAAUUUGACUAAAAUGUAGAAAUAUUUACUGAAAAUAAAAUAAAAGAAUAACCUUGCUUGAUAAAUAGUUUUACUCUUAAUCACUUCAGCUCACAAACUUACACUCCCAGAUGGAAGAUAUGAACUACUACAUCUUGU